AUGUCUAUACCUCCCCUUUCUCUUGAUACUACCCUCCAGGGCCGCUCGGUACUAGUCACCGGUGCCAACGUCGGUCUCGGAUUCUCGGCAGCACUGCUCGCUCUCCAACUUGGUGCCUCUCCUGUUUAUAUCACCUGUCGAUCAGCGGAGAAGGGCAACAAGGCACGUGAUGAGCUCGUCGCCGAUCCACUGGUCAAGGAGAAGAAUCCGCAUGCCAUUGUCAAGGCAUACGAGCUCGAGAUGUUGACAUGGGAUGGCGUAACCUCGUUUGCCAAGAAGUUUCUCGACGAUCGUGAGGUCGCUGGCGAGGGACUGGACGUCGCUAUCUUGAAUGCUGCUAUCGUCAACCUAAAGUACGAAGUCGCCCCGACCGGAAAUGAAAUGGUGCUACAGGUCAACUACUUGUCGACCGCGCUCCUCUCUCUGUUCUUACUGCCUCUAUUGAAAAAGAGCACAACGGCAGAGCACACCGCACGACUCACAUUCAUAACGAGCGGCAGGCAGUUAUUUACGCCGCUCAAACAUUGUCCUCCCGAAGAUGUCAACUACCUUGCUUCCCUCAACGCAAAGAACACUUUCGGCGUAUUGGACCGGUAUGGCCUCAGCAAGCUCCUAGUUGUUCUCUUCCUCCGCCAUAUAUGCGACAAUAUCAGCAGCGACAAGAUCAUCAUCAACAACGUUUGUCCUGGCAUCAUCCAGACAAGGCUGGAACGCAAGUUGCCGUGGAUAAUAGCACCUAUCGUCGGAUUGUUCAAGACGACCGUGGGCAACACGGUUGAAAAGGGAGCAGAAUGCUACAUUGCGGCUGUCGCAAGUGUCGGGCCGGAAAGUCAUGGGCUAUGGUAUCAGCUCAUGCGGCUAAAGCCGUAUUCUGACGUUGUUACGGGACCGGAAGGCAAGAAGAUCCAAGAGCGGAUUUGGCGUGAAACUGUCGAGUUGUUUCAAAAGGUGUCGCCUGGUGCUGACACAAACAUCUGA